ACACGCACGUUAUCAUGUAAGGGUUGAGUGAUUCGGUGCGAUCUCGCAUAUAGGAUCGUAAAGACGGAACUGCAUGUACAUAUAAAAGUUAACUGCGCGGUGUUAUUUCCAAGUUUAGUGCCGUCGCUAGAAAAUUAAUCGUGGAUUUUAAUGGACACUCUCGAUAAUCAACUAUGACGUGGCAUAAUAUACCAUUCGAAGCAAAUGUGGUCGCUUCAUCGGGGAGCAUGAUCGUCAUCUCCAACAGGCUACCUUUCGUCUUGAAACGGAACAAGGAUGGGAAGCUAGUCAGAAAUGCUAGCGCUGGUGGUUUGGUAACCGCAGUAGCACCGGUGGUGAUAAACGGAAAUGGAUUUUGGGUCGGUUGGCCCGGAAUACAUUUGGAAGAUCCUACCGAACCCAUUCCGGAGAGUGAUCCGGACGAUAUCACCCCCACCGCCGGAUUGAAAUCGGACAAGGUGGUGCCGGUUCAAAUGGAUCCCCAAAUAUUCGAUUCCUAUUAUAACGGUUGUUGCAACGCCACAUUUUGGCCAUUGUUUCAUUCGAUGCCCGAUAGAGCACAAUUUAAGGGAGAACACUGGAAGAACUACGUGAUAGCGAACAAAGAGUUCGCCGAAUGUACCAUGAAAGCUCUAAGGCAAUUGCCGAAAUCGCAAGAUGUUCCCCUCGUAUGGGUCCACGAUUAUCAUCUAAUGUUGGCGGCGAACUGGAUACGACAGGCCGCCGAAGAAGAAGGCAUCCCCUGUAAAUUAGGAUUUUUCCUCCAUAUUCCAUUUCCCCCGUGGGACAUAUUCCGCCUUUUCCCAUGGUCUGACGAAAUUCUUCAGGGUAUGUUGGCCUGUGAUAUGGUCGGUUUUCACAUUACCGACUAUUGCUUAAACUUUGUCGACUGUUGUCAAAGGAAUUUGGGCUGUCGAGUAGACAGAAAAAACAUCUUGGUAGAACACGGCGGACGAUCUGUAAGAGUGAGGCCGUUACCCAUCGGAAUUCCGUUCGAGAGAUUUGUGGAACUGGCGGAAAAAGCGCCCAAAGUGUUGUCCACCAAUCAAAAAAUCAUCCUCGGUGUAGACAGGCUGGACUACACAAAGGGGUUGGUCCACAGACUGUUGGCCUUCGAAAAGUUAUUAGAAAAGCACCCGGAGCAUAUUGAAAAAGUAUCCCUUCUGCAAAUAUCGGUACCAUCUAGGACGGACGUUAAAGAAUAUCAAGACUUGAAAGAGGAAAUGGACCAAUUGGUGGGACGGAUUAAUGGAAGAUUCACCACAGCUAACUGGUCGCCAAUUAGGUACAUUUAUGGUUGCGUGUCACAAGACGAUUUGGCGGCCUUCUAUAGAGAUGCCGCUGUAGGACUGGUGACACCACUCAGAGAUGGCAUGAACCUUGUCGCCAAAGAAUUUGUUGCUUGUCAAAUCAAUAUCCCGCCAGGUGUACUAAUAGUGUCUCCUUUCGCCGGAGCCGGGGAGACAAUGCACGAAGCGCUUAUUUGUAAUCCGUAUGAAAUUGACGACGCUUCUGAGGUGAUUCAUAGAGCUCUAACGAUGCCAGAGGAUGAACGGAUUCUUCGUAUGAAUUAUUUGAGGAGGAGAGAGAAACUGAACGAUGUAAAUUAUUGGACUAAGAGUUUCUUGAGUGCCAUGGGUUCUCUAAUGACACAAGAGGACCACGACGACAUUGGUUCAAUAUCUAUGCCAGCUGUCACUCUGGACGAUUUUGACGAAUAUCUUUCAAAAUACAUUGGCAAUACACUAAAGCUGGCGCUUUUGUUGGACUACGAUGGUACUCUUGCACCUAUUGCACCCCACCCGGACCUGGCCAUAAUACCUGCAGAAACCAAAAAUAUUUUGCAACGAUUGUCAAACAUGUCCGACGUAUAUAUUGCCAUUGUUAGUGGACGAAACGUCGAUAACGUUAAGGCAAUGGUGGGUAUUGACGGUAUCACAUAUGCCGGCAAUCACGGAUUGGAAAUUUUGCACCCCGAUGGGACGAAAUUCGUUCACCCCAUGCCUACAGAGUUCCACAAUAAGGUGGGCGAGUUGAUGCGGCAACUUCAGGAAACGGUUUGCAGGGACGGUGCGUGGGUUGAGAACAAAGGCGCUCUGCUCACAUUCCACUUUCGCGAAACUCCGGUGCAUUUGAGAGCAGGACUAGAAGUCCAGGCUCGGAAAAUGAUCCAGGACGCAGGUUUCACGGUGGGUAAAGCCCACUGCGCCAUCGAGGCCAAACCUCCUGUGCAGUGGAACAAAGGGAGAGCCUCCAUUUAUAUCUUGAGAACCGCUUUUGGAGUCGACUGGAGCGAAAGAAUUAGGAUAAUUUACGUCGGUGAUGAUGCGACAGACGAAGAUGCCAUGCUCGCACUGAAAGGUAUGGCCGCUACUUUCCGCGUGACCUCGUCUCACAUAAUUAAAACUUCCGCUGAGAGACGUUUGCCGUCGACUGACUCUGUACUUACAAUGUUAAGAUGGAUAGAGAGACAUCUAAACAGAAGGAAGCCUUCCCUGGAUCCUACAACUUACCGAAGAAAUUCACUGGCCAAAGCGGCCACAUCAGGGGUACAAAUAGAAAUGUCAAUGGUUCCUACGACAAAUGAUUUACCUCCCAAAAAGACUCCGAAUACUCUUUCGCCCCACGCGAAUAAUAACUCUCAUUAGAUUUAUGUUCUGUGAUUUUAGUUUUUAUCAUUGUUUCUACUGAAUCCAUCUAAUCAAAUUAUUCGCUCGCGAGUGAUUUUGAAGAUUUGUAGCCAUUGCAAAUAUACGAGAAGAGUUUGUUUUAUUUUAAACACGAUGUACUCCUUGAGCGUUUUAGACUGAUAUUAUAAAAGCGUAUUUUGCACAAACAAAUUUAAUCUAUAUAGAUUAUUUAUAAAUGUUACCUCAUAAUAUUUAUUUUUAUAAAGUUUUAGGAAACAAUACCGAACAAAGUUUUCAGUAGUAAUUUGCGCAAGUAACAACAAAUUUGCUUUUCGUAAAUCCAGUACAAUUAUGAUAAUUUCAAACCAAAGUGGAUUUAUAAAAUUUAAUAUCCAAAUAAAUAGUAUAUGUAUAAUUUUAGUUUUUGUAUGUUAAUGCCGCUGAGGUUUUAUUUCAGAAUAAAACGAUCAUU